AUGGGAUCUAAUCAGAGCAACAACGUCAUUCUUUUGGACUCGGACCUGGACUCGGAACUCCAGCAUGUGUCGAAGAAACAGAAGGUGGCCAUGUCCGUUCAGCCGACUCAGUUCCAAAAACCGUUGAUGCAAGAAAGCGAGAGUGACUCAGACACAUCAGUUCUGUCUCAAAACGACUCCUACGAUGAGAUCCCUUUGGCCGAAAGAGAUCGGGCUGUCGAGCUGCUGCUGACAAACGGAUCAAAACGAGGAAAUGGCGACUCGCUGUCGAAUGUCAGCGCAGAUUCCUCUGACUUGGAGGAAUAUCUGCCUGAAGAAGAUAAAGGAGCGGAAAGCGACGCAACUGUCCCUGGUCCAAAGAAACGGACAAUUUUCGAGUCUCGGCGUUUUCUCAAAACGAGGGGUCCUAUGGAAUUCUUACAAGAGUAUCUUCCUCCAACAGCAUCUAGUGAAGAUAUAUUAGAUUUGAUCACCAAACUCGGCUUCCUGCCACGAAAUCUCCCGCCACUUCUGGAUGGUGAGAAUCUUCUUCAGCUCAUCAAAUUGUUGCAUUUGGCAAUGAAGCGCGUGCGUCAGUUACGUUCCCGCUUGGACGACUUCUGCACCGAGGACGAUGUACUCAAAAAGCUACAAAGCGCAAAAAAAAUCCUUGUCAUUACGGGUGCGGGAAUAUCUACCAGUCUUGGAAUUCCUGACUUUCGUUCAUCUAGAGGUUUCUACUCUCGCUUGUCGAAUCUUGGUUUGUCCGACCCACAAGAGGUGUUUGACCUAGACAUUUUCCGCUCUGAUCCCUCGAUCUUCUAUUCGAUUGCUCAUAUGAUUCUACCGCCAGAUAAUGUGUAUGCGCCGCUCCACAAGUUCAUCCGUCUCUUGCAGGAUAAGGGUAAGCUCUUGCGUAACUACACCCAAAACAUUGAUAAUUUAGAGGCCAAUGCGGGCAUUGACCCAGAAAAGAUGAUUCAAUGUCAUGGCUCAUUUGCAUUUGCAACUUGUGUGACUUGUGGAUAUAAAGUCAAAGGCUCUACACUUUACCCACAGAUCAGAGCCAAAGAGAUUCCGUUCUGUCCGCUGUGUGUCGAGCAAAGAAAUAAGCUCCUAGACCAAGACGCUUAUGUUGAAGAAAGUUAUGGAGUUAUGAAGCCAGAUAUUACAUUUUUCGGAGAGGCUUUGCCGCUGUUGUUUCAUGAUAAUAUCAACCAAGAUCUCAGAGAUUGUGAUCUUAUCAUCAGCAUCGGAACCUCGCUAAAAGUCGCGCCGGUGGCUGACAUUGUUGAUAAGGUGCGCGGCAGUGUGCCCCAAAUUUUAAUCAACAAGGAUCCAAUCCACCAUUGUAACUUCGAUGUGAGCAUGCUUGGGUACUGUGAUGACGUUGUCAGCUAUUUGUGUGACAAACUUGGCGGCUCUUGGAACAUAGAUCAUCCCUCUUAUGAAUCCCUUGUCGGCGAAGAUCAUAAAAACCUCAGUAUAGAGCUGACUCGAGAGAAGGGAGUUUACAAUAUCCGAAACCAUAAACGGGAGUUAGAAGCCGUUACAAAGGUCCCCGAGAAAAUGCCUGAGCCAGACUUGGUUGUUUUAGAGCCCACAUAUUUUUAG